UGGAGACGGAGUGAGAGCGAGGCGGCUGGUGGACGGAGCGGAGAGCAGAGCGCUGUGUGCAGCCGCUCAGCGCCGACAGUUCUGGCCAGCAGUGGGUAUCGGUUGAUUAAACCGAGAAAAAAGACCACACAUUACAAGAUUAGUUUCUACCAAAUUAAAAUUGUAUACAGACACUGAAUCUUUAGCUUUCGAAUUAGCUCCAUGCCCCGAAAGUGAGAUCGGAGAGGGCGGCUUUCACUGGUUUGAUCCAGAUGCCCAGCUUUACUCUUGAGAGUUGUUUCCACAAAAGGCAGCAAUUAAGAAGCACCUGUUCAGCCGGAGAGGACUGUAGCUGUGCAGCAGGGCUGAAAGAUGUGCGAUGGGAUGGUAGCGUGUGACACGCCAGUUUGGGGCACAUGCUCACACGCUCUGGUUGCUGUGGCUCUGCAGCUGUUCCUUUUCCUCAGCACGAUCCCUACAGCCCAAGCUUCAGGUUGCUCCAGACCCUCGACUGUGCAACAUGGCCGAGGGAACCUUACAGAGACCAACCGAGGCUUACUUCCCAUCGGCACAGUGCUGCAGUACAGCUGUGAUUCAGGAUACACCCUGAGCAGUGAGAGCAUCAUCACAUGUAUCGCUCCAGGCCAUUGGUCUUCCAGCCCUCCGCACUGCCUCAAAAAUGAUGUUUGUCAUCCACCCAGUGAGCCAGAGAAUGGGGGCUAUGUGUGCCACCCUACGCCCUGCCCCAAAUUGAUUGAAGGGACAGUAAUCGAGUACUUCUGUGAUGAGGGCUACACACUGAAAGGCUACAAGUACCACACCUGCAGGAACGGGGACUGGGACUCAGCCACGCCUAUCGUCUGUCACCUUGGACAAGGAAAAGAGGAGCGCUCACCACUGGGUAUGCCGGCUCUCUCUAUUGUGGCCUCCACUGCCAGUUCAGUGGCCCUCAUCCUCCUGUUGGUGGUCCUCUUUGUCCUGCUGCAGCCAAAACUCAAGUCCUUCCAUCACAGCAGACGUGAGCAGGGAGUGUCUGGCCAGCCUGCCUCCAUCGUGGUCGAGGGUGUGCAGGUGUCUCUGCCCUCCUAUGAGGAAGCUGUGUAUGGCAGCGCUGGAGCGGCUGCACCUCCCCCAGAGUCACGUGUGCAGAUUGUGCUCUCUGAGGGUCCGCAGCCAGAGGCUGCUGCAGCAACACUGGAUCAGUCCCGAGCUGAGUACAGUCUGCCCUCCACGUCCUCCUCUUCCGCACGCUCCCGCCAUGCUGAGACCGUGCUCGUUCACCAGGUGCCCUCCUCCUCCUCCCCUCCGUCCUGGGCUGCUGAGCAGCCCGGGGCCGCAGCAGCUGCAGCCCGCAGGCCGAGCAGUGGAAGCAGCGACCAGCACAGCCUGCUCUCCCUUACAUCUGCUGAAGAUUUUGGCGAUGAUAUACCAUUGCUGAAGGAGGCCUGAGAACACAUGCAGUGUCCUCCUCUCUGUGGAUGAUGACCAGGACUGUGGCUCUUUAAGCUUUUUACCAAACCCUUCCCCCACUGCUGCCCUACAGAAUGCAGGAAUAACCAAAUGCCUGUCAGUUACCCUUUGACAGUACACUCUCUGACCCUUGGUAUUUGAGCUGUGAUGUACCGGUCAUGUGUAGGGGUGCCCAGAUAUGCUCCCUCAAAUUGUUGCACAGAUGCUAUAUAAAACAUAGGAUUAUGUAUAAUUCAUACAUAAUAUGAGCUGAAACAACAUAACUCAGUUGUAAACGACACCUUUUCCCAAUGGUGUACUAAUAAGCAGUUGCACUCACAAAGGCUUACCUUGUCACAGUCGUAAGGAAUUGCUAAUUAUGAAUGCAUUAAAUUUCUAUGCUAUGUAAGAGGUGGUGAAUGGAGCUUUGUUCCAUUACUGACUGUGACCUCUUACGAAGGGGCUUCUUUCGCAAAGAUAUGCUAGAUCAGACCCUUACUGGUUUUAAAAUGCUGCAUGUUAUUUGCAUCUUUUUCAUCUCAACCCACCUCCGCCCCAAAAAGAAAAAAAUUGCGCACACUACAGAAAACGCAUGACACACGUCAUCCCCACACUCAAUGGAACAGUAAGACACAGGGAUGAACUGGUUUACAUAGUACUGUAUUCCAAAACACGCUUGCCUUUUUGUUUGUAUUUAGCUUCAUCCUACCGGUUGGACUGUUCUUGUUGAAGGGGGCUACAAAGUGACUAGUCUUAUUUCCAUUUUCCCAUAAAGUCAACAUAGGACAUUUAUUUUUCACCGUCUGUUUUUGGAAUGGGUGUCCUCAAGCCAAGAUGUCUUUAGUUUGUUUGCUUUUAAAUGUUUUUAAUGAUUUAAUUCCUGUCUGAUUUAGGGAGAUAAACACGAUUGCACCUUCACAAUAUUGAAUCUAGCAAGACUAGGUCAUGUGGACCCAGAAUCCUGAAGAAAAAAUAUAGACCAGAACUGCAUCUGUCUUGCAGGCAGGUUUCUCAUCCAAACCUUAGAUUGUACACUGUAAAUCCAAAUGUUUAAACAAUCAGAGAAUUAACACCUCAGGCCAGCUUCCCUAACCCAGAUUAAGUUAAAGGCUAGAGUAAAAAGAAGUUCCAGUUAUGAAUCACCAUUGACAUAUUCAUUUAGUCCACAACUAGGGUUAAUGUAUGUCGAGGGAAACUGACCCACUCAAGCCUUCCACAGUUCCCAAACAGGAGAACAGCCCAGCCAAAUAUUGUGACACAUUUUAAAAGUGUUACAGAUAAAUGUUUCAUGUAGGGCUGAACAAUUAAUUGUUUUAUAUCGAAAUUGCAAUUUGAGUGCAAUUUUCAAUUAUCUUAGAUUAUUCAGUGUUGUCCUAACAAACUUUACCUUAUAAAUUGGCAGUCGACUCAAGACAUUCAGCAUUUCAGCCUAAAGUCUGAUCAAAUGGAUGCACUGGUCGUCUUGUCAUUUUAUGCUCUGCUCAUUAUAUCAUAUUUAAAAGAUGAAAUUCUUGCUUUCUUGUAUCCUUACAUCAUAAUUGAAUUACACCUGCCUGCCUCUGAAACGACUUUUCAUUUUUGAUUGUCCCCAGGGGGGUGGGAAAAAUAACAUAACCAACGAUAUCAUGUUUCACCUUUCCCUUCUACCACCCUCGCCGAUCAUGGAGAGCAAACACUCGGCUUGCUCAGAGACCCUCACUGAAGCAGUGUUUAAUUCGGAAAGCAUGUUAUGGUUUCCAUGUCAUGAUUACUUUAAAGUCUAAACCUAUGGAUUUACAGUGUUGUGUAUACAAACCACCUCAUGGAGCUUGUUUGUAAUUCACUCACGUCUAGCAGGUUGGAAAUUCUCCACAAGGGGGCACCUUUAACAGUCAAAUAGCUGUUGUUACUUCCCAAGAGCAGCUUUGUCCCUUUGUCCCUUUGUCUCUUUGUGACUUUACCACUGAUCCACACCAUGUGGAUUACCAUAUAAUUGAUGGGCGAUGAACAUGUCUGAAAUCAUGCAUCCUAAUAUUUUCUCUGUUUUACCUGGGCAACAGUUGAAGUGUGAAUGGACAUCCUCCAGUUUCCUAGCUCUUUUUUGUAUUUAAACAUAUUUGCUGUUCUUUGUCAAAACGUCUAACUGAAGACAAAACAGAUCUGUCGCCUUAAGACUUUUCAUACAUUACAUUUCAUCAUUUUGUAAUCAUGUUUCUUCCGUCUCAUAUGCUUCACAGUAUUGAUUAUGUCUUCAGUUUCCUUAUGGCCUUACUUUUUAUUUUCUAUGCAUAAACACUGUUUUGUGGAUUUUCAGAGGUGUGGGGUUUCUUUCCCUUUAGUUUCACAGGACAUGACAACAAGAAUGUCCAUUCUUUCUCCCCUAAAGCUUUUCUUUGUGACUGUAAUAGCUGUAAUAUCUACAUCACGGCAUCUAAUUUCUAAUUUUGUUUUUGCAACUGCUGUACUUUAUAAAGAGAAGUCCUUGUUUUGUCCCUUAGCACCAUUGAAUGGUGUUUGCCAUCUCAUUUUCCCCUUUUCAGCUGUUUUGUUUUUCUCCUCUGUGCAUUGCAGUGGGUGUGAAGAUAGUAUUUUAAUAUUUGUAUAAAGUUUAAUUUAAUUCUACAGUGUGUGUAUAUAACUAUUUCUAAUUAAAGCUUUCUUUUGAAGUGC